AUGAAAGAUACAGAAAUUAUGAUAAUUUCUUCCUUUCAUGUUCUUCUUUUACUCUUCUUCUUUGCCUCUUCUUAUGCUUCUUUUUUUUUAUCUUCCUGUUGUUUUUUCUUAUCUUUGUUUUGGGUAUUUUCAUUUUUUAAUUUGCGCUGUCAGUGUCUGGAUUUAUGGUUUUGUCAUUUUUCUUUUCUGGACUUUUUUUUUUUCUUAUCCUUUCAGACUCAUCCUCGUUAUUGUUAUGUUCUUGUUAUUGAAUUUGGUUCUCUUGACUAUUUUCUUUCAGAGUUUCUUUCUUUUCUGAACUUUUGCUUUCAUUUCAGGACUUUCUUCUUUCUUGGAUAUUCUGGUUGUUAUUUUGUUUUUUCUUCUUUUUUCUUACUGAACUCUCUUCAGUUGCUUCUUGAUUUCCUUCACUCACUUUUCCAUUAUGUUGUCAUCUAUAUGUUUUACCUAGGCCUACUGGUGUUAAUUCUUCUUUUGUUACUUUUUCUCCAGUCACACAAGUUUCUUCCUUUAAAUGUAUUUCUAUCUAUUGUACAUUCUUUUAAUAUUAUUAUUUGA